UUCUUUCAACUAAAACCACCGAUCUUCCUCACAAACAACUAUAACCAUGUCGUCUCCACAGGACGGAGCAGUCCCGCCGCCCGCCGAAGUUAUGUCAAUCGCAUCGCCAAUCAACCUGCUCCUCCUAUCCCUCUUCGCUGUUCUGGUGUACAUGCAAUUCCGACCAAAAGCGCCCGUAGCUCUUCCCAAGGGUCCUGCGCCCAUCGUCUUCCGCACGUUCACCCCCGCCACUCUGCUCGAAUUCAACGGUGUUGAUGGAAAGCCCGUCUAUCUAGCCGUCCGCGGCCGCGUCUUCGAUGUAUCCCCUGGCAGGAACUUCUACGGACCGGGUGGCCCCUACGAGAACUUCGCUGGUCGAGACGCAUCCCGUGGAUUGGCCUGCCAGAGCUUCGAUGAGGAGAUGCUUACUAAGGACCUGAAGGCUCCGUUGGAUGACCUCAAGGGUCUUGAUGCGGAUGCGAUGGAAAACCUUCAGUCCUGGGAGGAGCGCUUUUUGGAAAAGUACUUGGUUGUGGGUAAAUUGGUUGCUGAAGGCGAUCCGGAGGCCCCGAAGGCAUAAUUGCCUUGUGAUCACCCACCAGGGAUAGUAUCGAGUAUUGAUGAUGGAAUGCAGGGUUGAGGCUUCUACGGGGUCGAAAGUACCUUGAUAGAAAAUGUAGCAUUUGGUAUUUUCAAAAAGCGAUGUGAGUGGUUUCUUUGUUUGUUUCGCAUGAGACAUGAUUCGAUUGACGCUCGAAUGUGAGCCGCAUAUAUUGGGAAUUUCUAAGUCAUAAAAAAUGCCAUCGUAUUAUAAGU